AUGCCAGAAAAUCUUUCUCCGAAUCUCCGUCGAGAACUCUCCAACUACUUCAGUCUCCAUCUGAAACCCGUCGUCCUCUGUGGAAUACAAGGACGUCGGUCCAACCUGACAUCCUCUGCGCAUUUCUAUCGGAAUCGUCCUGGUUUGAAGCUCAGCCAUAUCACUUCGAUAUCAUCCUACUGUGGCUAUGUUCCUGCCCAUACUCUGCCUACCUGCCUCAUACCCACUCUACAACUCGUAGUCAGCCGAGCCACCUCCUCGUCAAAGGUGAACCAUCUCGACAUACAUCUCUGCGACACGAAUUUGGCUCUUUCUGAAGAGCAAUUGGUGACAGACUCUCUCAUUACGUAUGUCAAUCAUGAGGCUUUGCUUGAAGUCGUCUGCAACUGUGAUCUCGCUCUCGUUUGGGCGCGGGUCACUAGCCGGCUUGGGAGGCGGGAUCACCCCGACGAGGUGCUGACGGCUAUUUGGGGCCUUUGUCGUCUAUUCCUUGAUCCACAAUUCAAGCAGUCGGAUGUCAUUCCGCUGCCAACGAAACCUGCCGCAUUCCCAGUGCCCCGGCCAUCGAUGCUGCGCCAGCGCAACCAUUUUCUGAAGUCGAAUUCAUAG